AUGGCCACAGAAAAUGAUGGAAGCGGCGAUGCCGCUUGGGGCCAGUUUCACCCCCGUCGCUCCGACCACGCUCGAUCUGAAUCUACCCGCUUGCCACCCAGAAGACAACGAGAUGGGUUCGACUAUCGACGCCCGGUGAUGCUUUCGCCUGGAGAUAAUGUCGUGAUCGACUUGACAGAUGGCCCGGAUUCUCCUCCUCAACGAAAUGUGACAUCAUUCCCCGGUCCUCUACAUACCCCACAUCCGAACCGUCCAUUACGAUUUCCACGAGAUUUGAUGAACCACACGUCUACUGCGGCUGAUGGCCCUGCUGUAAUUGAUCUGGAAGCGGAGACAAUGGAUUAUCCGACAGAUGUUUCGCCUAACAGCGGGGAUGUUCAGAUUGUCGGGUCUUCUUCCGUCAGGCCGAGACCAAUAGAACCAAGAUACUUGGACAACCACGGCAUUCCAAUGCACUUUCCUGCUCACACGCGCCGGCGGAGACUACCAGAAGCUGUGCCAUGGUCCUCCCUUCGUCGCCAGGGCGUCAGUGAUCUGGAGUUGCUUCACUCUGCAUAUAUUCACUCCGAAGGCGUUUAUGGUCUGGAUGCGCCUAUGCGGGCGCCCCAGGCUCGUCGAUCAUCAUAUAAAGAACUAAGCCCGGCACCAGAAGGAUUCACUCGACUUUUAGCAGAAGAUGACGUGCCUCUCUGCCCGAACUGCCAAGACGAGUUGGGAGCAGGAGAAGGGCUAAAACAACAGAUUCAUAUUGCAAAGCCAUGUGGCCAUGUCUAUUGUGGGGAAUGCGCUGGGAAUCGAUCCAUUUCAAAGUCCAAAAAGGCAGCUUCAAAGACAAAGCCAUUUUCAAAGUGCCAGGUUGCGGGUUGUAAUAAACCUGUGAGCAGCCCGACAGCCAUGUACCUCCUUUAUCUGUGA